AUGUUCACAAUUUGCAAUGACAGCCACAGUGAUUUCGUCCUUCUAGGCUUCUCUGACAAGCCAUAUUUGGAGAAGAUGCUCUUUUCAGUAAUUCUGAUCUCUUAUUGCUUAACUAUUACAGGAAAUAUGGUCAUAAUUCUUGUCUCUGUGAACGAUCCAAAACUCCACAGCCCAAUGUAUUACUUUCUUUCCAACCUAUCUCUGCUGGAUCUCUGUUUCACCAGCAGCUGUGUUCCACAGAUGUUGGUUAAUUUCUGGGGUCCAGAGAAGACCAUCAGCUACACUGGCUGUGCCAUUCAACUCUAUGUCUUCUUGUGGCUUGGGACCACUGAAUGUGUCCUGCUUGUGGUCAUGGCUGUGGACCGCUAUGUGGCAGUGUGUCAUCCACUAAAAUAUACCACUAUCAUGCACCCAAAACUUUGUCUGCAGCUGGCCAUCCUAGCAUGGGGGACUGGCCUGAUUCAGUCUCUGAUUCAGUCUCCUGCUACCCUCCAGUUACCUUUCUGCUCCCACCAGAAGGUGGAUGACAUAGUGUGUGAAGUUCCAGCCCUCAUUCAGGUCUCCAGUGCAGACACCAUCGACAUUGAAAUCCAGAUACUCAUAGCUGGUAUUAUUCUCCUGGUGGUGCCCUUGCUUAUUAUCCUUUCCUCUUACAUUGCUAUUGCUAAAGCUGUGCUGACUGUGCUGAGAAUAAAGUCAACUGCAGGGAAGAAGAAAGCAUUUGGUACCUGCACGUCUCAUCUUCUUGUAGUGUCCCUCUUCUAUGGCACUGUCACAGCUGUUUAUCUUCAACCCAAGAGUCACUAUACUCAUGAACAGGGCAAGUUUCUCACCCUUUUCUACACUGUUGUAACCCCGACUCUUAACCCACUCAUCUACACUCUAAGGAACAAGGAGGUAAAGGGGGCACUAAUAAGGCUGGGAGGAGGAUCUGGAAUAUUCAGAAUAACUAAAGAUGUUGACAUAUGUUGGAUGUUUGCUUAA